GACAUGAUAGGCCGGAAUCUGAGUGCUUGUGCGCUGGUUCUGCAGGUCUGCACAACUGAGAUCUCUGUUUCCGCAGUGGAGAAGGCUGAGGUUCUCAAAAGUGCAGCCACUAUGAAGAAGAGUAUCUUGAAAGCCAACCGAUAUGAGGCGCCUGAAGCCGGUUUGAGUAACUCUAUUGGAGCUGUAACCUGGACUCUUCCUGAUGAAGGUCUUCAGGCUCACAGCUCAGUUCCCAGCAAGAGCAGCCAGAGCCCCAGACAAAAGGAUUUGAAAGAUCUCCGCAGCCUGCAGGAAUGUGUGAAGUUCAUCACUCAGUGGAAACAGCAGGUCGACCAAGUCUGCAAGCCUGGUGCCAAUGCAGAUGAAGGCCCAAGUGUGCAUGCAGAGCCACGCAGUCUGGAGCAAUGCCGCAAACUCAUCCUUGAGUGGGCACAGGAGCUCAAGAAGGUGGACAGUUUGUUUAGUGAGGGUACAUGGAGACAAGAAAGAGACACCUCCUGGGAGCAGAAAGAGAGCCAGGAUGAUUCUGCCAAGCAUAUGGAGCAGAAGAUCAUGGAAUGGGCUAAAGAGCUGCAGGCCGUGUCAGAGCGCUGUGGUGUGAUGAGACAAGAAUUGGCCCAAUUUCUCAAGCAGCUGGAACUGAAGAAGAGGAAAAUCUUGACUCUGUUGCCAUUUCUGGAGUUCAUAACUUGGUCUCUGCUGAAGCAGGACAGCCAGGGUGUCGUUCCACAGUUAUGGCUCCUCAGCAAACAUCGAACAUGGAAAACAGAGACGCCAAAGUACAUUCCAAACUCAGUGUGGAGAUGGAUCUGCAGUGCUUCAGUGAACAUCACACUGGACCCAAUGACUAACCACCCAUGGUUACAGCUCUCGGAUGAUAAGAAAAAGGUACAGGAAGCUCUGAGUGAAACUGAAGUGUCGUUCAGCAAGCAGCGCUUCGACAGCUGGCCGUGUGUUCUGGGCUGGGAAGGGCUCACCUCCGGUCGCUACUAUUGGGAAGUAGAAAUUGCCAACAAUGGCUACUGGCGUAUCGGAGUGACCACUGCCUCCUCUAAAAGGCAAGGCAGGAGCCCUAUGACCCCCUCUGAGGGAUUCUGGACAAUAUGGAAAAGCACACGGCAGUUUUAUGCAUGCACCAAGCCGGAGACAGAGCUGCCCCUGCCACUUGUUCCUAAGAAGCUGGGAAUCUACCUGGACUACGAGGAAGGACAGGUGUCUUUCUACAACGUAGAGACACGCACUCAUAUCUUCACAUUUACAGCAAAUUUCCGUGAAACAUUGUAUCCACUUUUUGCACCGUUGGAUGGACGCACACUUAUCACACUGUCCUCCACAGAGGUCAAUCCAGAAACGGCUUCUCUCUAAAUAUACCAUCUCUUAAACUUGACUCCUGUCCUCAUAAGGAGCUGAUAAGCGCAAGUUUGAUAAGCACAUGUGCACUGCCUUUUGAGGUUUACUUUCAAGUAAAACAGGAUCUAAUCAGGAUCUAAGCAGAUAAGACAUUCAGGAGAAAAUAGCUGUUUCAAUUCACUAACUUUUAUGCGCCAGUGCUUCCCACACAUAAACUUUGCUUGGGCGGGCCGCCGAGGUAUAUUAACGGCAACCCAAGUAUAUUUAGUGACACUUUUUUGGGGGGAUUUUUAUCAUUUAACACUUUUUUUGUGUCCACCCAACAAAACCAAACAUCCGCGAUUGAUUUAGUGGAAAAUUUUCUCUCCUUUAUCAGUUUUUUACUGCGCAAUAUCUGUCAACACUCCAACAGAAGCCUCACGUGCUCUGCAGACCCACAGAGGCAAACCUUUUUUUGAUUUUGAUGUUUCUAAAUCUGCUUAAAUGUCUUAAAUGCUUUAAAACCUCAUCGCCACUUCAAGUUCUAAUCAGUAUCAAACCUUUAACUUAAUAAACAGUUGUAGUUAAAUCAAGUCAAUGAAGCACAAUCAUGCAACAGAAUUCAGAUAUGCUCGAUAGAAACAAGCUUAGAAUAAUAAAUUACGUGGUUGUUUUCAGCAACAGGCUUCAGGAUUAAACUUGUCUUUCUCCAAUCAGGAGUACGUAAACUUACAUUUUCCUAUUUUGCCGUCUGUUUAGCUCUAUGGUUUUGUUACAUUUGGAGAGCAUCACAUCACCUUCCCGCGUUUGUUGCAAAUUACAUGACAUUACCCGGAUGGUGAAGCUUGGCCGGAUGCGCCCCGGCCCGAACCAAUCACAUGGAUCGAGCACGCCGUUGUUAAUAUUAGGAGGAAAAUAAUUACAUUUAUGCUGUUUUGGAGUCAAACACUUUGGACAACACUUGAGCAAAACUUAAGACCUCGUAAAAACGGGAUUAAGACUUUUAGUACUUUUUAAGACCCUGCGGACACCCCGUAAAAACUCAGAGAGGAUGAAAUAUCGAGGGAGGAUGAAUUCUAAAUUGGUUGCAAAAUAUUUGUACAGCAUUAGAAAUGAGUAAUCAACUCAUUUGCCUCAUUUAAAUAAUCUACACAUUUUGUUCUUGUAAUUAUUAUACAUUUUAGAGAUCUAGUCUGUUUUUAUUCCUUUUUUCUCGCAUUUAUUUCUCAUUUGCUGUAUAUUUGAUUAAUUUGAUGACGUCAAUAUAUAACAUCUUAUACAUCUGAAAUGCUUGCCAAUACUGUACAAAAUGUCAUGCCAAUAACGCAACCUUAACUUGAAUGCAAGAGCGAGCUGCAGAUUUGACCGGUCAGUGGGUGCACAUGUGGUUCUGAAAUACUAUAACAGAAUAAGAGAAAUAGUGGAUUUCUAUUUCUUUAUUUAAUAGUAGUUUUACUUUCACCCACUGAUAAGAUACAGUUUAUAAUUGUUUAUUAAUAAACAAAAAUAUUAAAAAUCAAAUUACGUUCUGUUUGUCGCCUAUAGUUAACUGUUUAUGUGAAAAAGGGUUUCAAUCCAGCUACCACAGCAAGUAUAUUUCAAAUCUGUGUGAAGCACUGUGCGCAUUUUGGAAUAUCGCAGAUCGAAUAUCGCAUAUAUUCAAUACUUGAACUGAAAAAAGUGCAUGAACUGAGUAGGAUUUUAUUCUACAAAACAAAACUUCACAAACUACAAUAUAAACACAUUUAACAAAUAAAGUAUGCAAAAAAAUCUUUUAAAACAGGUUAUUUUAACAGAUUACGAGAUGACAAAAGUGAACGUGAUGAGACAGCGUUAAUGGACAAACUAUGACCGACCACAUUAACAUCUGAAAUGCUCAUUCUAAAAAUUCCUCAGCCAAAGUCUGGUCAUCACAGUUCAGCAUUAUUACCUACCACAAUUGUCUUUUCAGAAGCUUUUCAUACUCAUCUUGAGGCAUGAGUCAUUUAUUGAAGAAAAAGGCCUACAGUGGCUCCUCCUACCAAAAUCUUUAAAAAAAAAAAUUUGUCAGGAAGCGACUACUUUAUUCUCUUUGACACAUUGGAAAUGGAAAUGGUUUACAAAUGUUUUAUGCAAUACAGCUUUUCUGCAUAUAAAUUUAAUCUGCUUCUUUGAUUGAAACGAACCAAUCACAAUUAUCAUUUUACCUGAACAAUACGAUCACAAUUUCCAGCCAGGGAGAUCCUGUUUUGAUCCUGUUUGUUUCUCUCUUAACUCUUGAAAUUGCUGAAGUUUGUCACACAUUGUCUAAUGGCCCUGAUUUCUAUGUACAACAGUUCUGUUAAUUUUGGGCAUUGUGCUGACAAUGUACAGGUCAAUUGGUUCUUAUGUAGCAUGCUUGACAAUGAUUUGAUUAAUCAAAGCUUGUUGAUGUUGUUUUUGCUUUACGGUUUGCAUCUGAUUUAUUUGUAACGUUUUAAAGUCAAUACAUAAAAACAAAUGUAGCUCAUCUGACUAAGAAAUUAAUAAUACAAAUUUGCUUCUCUGAGCACUAACUAGUUAUCACUUCCAUAAACAGCAGAUUUAAGGACUUUCUAAAGCACCAUUUACUUUAAAUCCAGCACCUUUACUUCAUACCCCAGCAUAUGUAGCGCCAUGAAAGUCCUUACUGUACGUAACAUUCCACUUUAUAUUUACAUUUAAAAUAUCAUAGUAAUGAUAAACAGUCAUGUUUAAUGAACUUUAAUACAAGUAGUUUAAUUAAAUAAUUGUAAUAUUCAAAUACGGUCUCUGAAAUAUUGAUCAAAUGUGCCUUAGUUGUAUCUUAGUUCUUGUGCAAGAUAAAAAUUUAAGAUUUUUAAAUGAGGAAUUUCUCUUUUUCUGUUCAGUUUCUCAAAGCAGAACAGUGCAGUUGUUGAAAUAACACCAGAAACUUUCCAUGAACCUACAUUUGUUUUAAAAAGGACUUUCCAGGCCAAUAUCAUGUUUGUAAUUCAAGCACUUUCAAGAAGCGUAGGGAACAGUUCCUUUGUAUAAUUAGCAGUUCUUGUGUGUACUGUCUUUUGUUGAAUCAGCAAAUGCCUCAUUAGUUAGUCACUUUGGACAAAAGCAUCUGCUAAAUAUAUAUGUAAGCACCAAUUGUGGGAACUACACCUAUACAAUUGUGUAAUGUGAGAGACUUGGAGCCAUUGUAUUUUAUUAUUAAAUAUUAUUGAUAUUAAAUUUGCUGCUUGCAGUGUCAGCAAUGUAUACUUUGAAAAGCAUCUACAAAA